GUUUACAGGCUUUCAAUCCUGACACUGAGUUCCAAUUCAAGAACAGAACAAAGCACUGGGACAAGAAGUAUUAUGAAGGGGUGUUUGGAGCAGAUGAUUGCUAUGCCUUGUGUCCACCAAGCUCAGCCUAUUACACCAGUCCUUCUUAUAAGGAUCCAUAUGGUUGGCUUGUAAAUUUGAUCAACAAGUUUGCAGAGCUUGGUGGUUUUGAAGAAAUUAAGAAACAGAUUGAAACAGCUGAAAAAGUGGAUGCUCCAAUGCUGGCGGCACUUUUGAAACCCUUGGGAAUCUGUGCCAGUUACCUAAAUGCCAAAGUCCUGCCGAAAGUAUUCAGUGAUGUUUUUGAGAAGACAUUGGGAUAUAUCCAAGAACUUACUAAUGAAGACAUGAAGCAGAAGACAGUUGGUGAUGUAUUUGAUCUUUUAACAACUCUAAAACUCCUAUGCAUGAGACUUUGGCAGAAUAUGGUGUCAGGGGUUGAUGAACUGAGAUUGGAGGUUGCCCUGAAAAUGCUCAAAAGUCCACAUUUUAAUGCAAAGAUGAACUCACUCAAAGAGGUCUGCAAGUUGAUUGAAGAUUCAGAGAAGACCAAGAACACCAAAGUAAGCAUGUCUCAGGAUGCUANUAGUACACAUGAUCCCAGUGGUCUAAGCUGA